AUUGUUUAUAAAGAGUAGAGACAUUGUAAAAGAGAAAGAGAGAGCAGGGCAUGGAAGAAGAUAGGUUGGACUCGGUGCUGGUGCCUUUGGGUCUGUUUGUGUUUGGAAUUUACCAUGUUUGGUUGCUCGUGACCAUCCUCCACAAUCCCAGAAGAACAGUCAUUGGCCUCAAUGCCGAGUCUCGUCACCAAUGGGUCUUCUCCAUGAUGACUGAUCCAAUGAAGAAUGGCGUUUUGGCUAUUCAAACAAUACGCAACAACAUAAUGGCAUCUACACUAUUAGCAACAACAGCUCUCACUCUCAGUUCACUGAUUGGUGUAUUUGUCAGCAGCACAGGCAACUCCAGUGACACACCAUCACAAAUAAUAUAUGGCAAUAAGAGUCCUGUUCUCUUGUCAGUCAAGUACUUCUCCAUCUUGUUGUGCUUCCUUGUUGCUUUUCUUUGCUAUGUGCAGUCUAUAAGAUACUUUGCCCAUGUAAGUUUCUUAGUCACUGUACCUCCAUCAAAAGGAAAAAAUGAUCCUAUUGAGUAUGUUGCAAGAAAUUUGAACCGGGCAAGCUUAUUUUGGUCACUUGGAUUAAGAGCAUUUUACCUGUCAUUCCCUCUCUUCCUCUGGAUAUUUGGGCCUAUACCCAUGUUUUUAUGUUCCCUAAUAAUGUCAUUUAUUCUCUAUUUCUUGGACACAACCACCAGUUUUACAAGACAACUUCACAGUGACUCAAUUAAAGAGGAUGCGAGAACCUGUGAUGUCGAAUCUGUUGGUCAAUCAUUCAACUUCAGCAAAACCUUGCCUAUCUUUCUGCCUCUCAGAUUAAAUUGUUGCCUUAAGAGCUUUGUCCUCCAUUCUCAGGGAAAAUAAUCAGUCUGAGGACUUUCAACGUCACACGCCUUUACUUAAUGGCUAAACUCCUGUUUCUACCUUCGCUGGCGUGGGAUAAUCUUGUGUAGUUUAUGGUAGGUUGACCUGUUCUUAAUGUAAGCUUGGUGCAGUAGUGCCAAUAAAUACUGAUAAUUUGCUCUUUAAGCAUAUCUUUGUAGUUGAUAGCUUUUAGAGGGCCUUUUUGAGUUCCAUAUUCUGUAGAGAAUGCUUUCUACAUUAUUCGUUUUUGAGA